CCAGCCGUGGUCUCACCUUCGUCGCGCUCCGUGGCUGGUCGGCUGCUGCUCGAGUCGCUGGUGUUCACGGCGGUUCUGGCCACCAGCCUGACGCUCUUCCCGGGCUGGUAUUCGGUGCUGGUGGCGCUGUCGGCGUUGUUAUCUCUCUACGAGUCGGCCACUACGGUGGCACAGUCCGCGCCCGCGGUCUUCACGGCCAGGGGAGACGCCACUUCGCUGACCAUCGAUUGUCAGGUGCAACUGCUGUGCGAGGUGACCCGGAUGGCGCGCGCCAGGUUCCCUGUGGUGGCGACGCUUCUCAAGUCGGCGGCUCGGGGCGACCACCGGGGAGGUCCCAUCGUGCAGGCCAUACUGGCAGGGCUCGGUAGCGCCGACUGCGGCACGUUCUUCGACUGUCCGCGGCACCGCAUCCAACCUCUGCUCGCAAAGCAGCCUCAGCGAUAA